AUGGAAGGGAUGGUCCCGUUGUUGCUUGAUGAAUCGCUGUGUGAUCAGGAGCACAGGGAUGCAGAUAACAAAUUUGAUAUCUCUAGCUCAAUUGGAACAGAGGCCCUUACAUGCUCAGCACUUCCACGGGAUGCGAACAACAAAGUAGAUACAUCUGGUGGCGGGCGGGGCGGCACUUCCUCGACGAAAUCCUCCACUGAUGGCAAGCGGCACAAGAAGGAGCAUGCCAAGAAGAAGCACCGAGGCAGCGACUCCAGCACCACCACGAAUCCAGGGUUUGGCCUCUUGAAGAAGAAAGAAGACGCUGCGAGAAGCCGGCCCACGAAGAACGAGAUCCAGAAGAAGAUCGACGAGUUGCUGGCGGGCAGCUUCCAGGAGGUGGAUGAAGGCCAGCUUCUGACCGUGAAGGGCGUCGUACAGAAGAACUGUUGUUUGGCACUCGCCGUAACGCGAGCCGCCGAAGGCCUGAACGCCACGCGCACCGAAGUGCACAAGAAGGCGCAAGCGUGGAUGGAGAACCUGCCUCGCUACCUGGAGCACGGGGUGGCGAAAAACGAGGCCGCCCCAGGAGAGAUGCUGUACGAAGAUUACUUGAACAAGGUAGUCGAUGACGACGAGUCCCGCAUGGUGUUCCUGGUAGUCGCCAGCCAGAAUGUCACAAGGGUCUGGGCAGGGCCGCAAGCCAGCUUGAGCGCCAGCAAAGCGAUCUUCCUGAAGCUGGCCAUGCCCCCGGUCCAGGGAUUUUCCUUCAUCGGCAGCACGGAGUUCAAGGACCAGAUUUGCGAGGCCCAGAAGACUGUCGAGAAGACCGCCUCGAACGAGUGA